AUGUUCACCUUCCGGGUAUUCCAGCGAGCUGCCAGUCAAGCAGCUCGCCCACGUUUCCAACCCCCUUCCAGUACUAUUCUCAGGUUGGGACAAGCUUCACGCUUUCAACCACGACGGUCAGCGUCUUGGGGCUCGAAUCCGCGUUAUAAGCGAUUUGGGGAAGGGACUGGAAAUGGGCAGGGACAGGGCCAGGGGCAGCGAUGGAGCAACUUUGGUCCCGUCUAUCGCAUGCAGUACAUUUGGCGGAAUUACCAGAGGCCGCUGACUGUGGUCGGGGUGGGCGGCGGAGUGUUCUAUGUCUACAACCUCGAAGAGGUCCCUGUCACUCACCGACGACGCUUCAAUCUGAUGUCUCCGGCGGCAGAGAAGGAACUGUUCGGUGGAUCUGACAUGUACAAAUCUGUCCUGCAAGAAUUCCAAGGCAAAGUCCUUCCGUCCGACCACCCUCAAACCAUGCAAGUCGCCAAAGUUAUUGAAAAGUUGCUUCCAACCACUCGCGGUCUGGCAGGCGACGACUGGCGGGUCCAUGUCAUCAAUGACCCUGGCCAGAAGAACGCGUUUGUCAUGCCUGGCGGAAAAGUCUUUGUCUUCUCGGGAAUUCUGCCCAUUUGCGAGAGCGAGACUGGCCUUGCUGCCGUCUUAGGUCACGAAAUCGCCCACAACGUCGCCCAUCACGCCGCGGAGAGAGCCUCAAGGUCAAGCAUCGUCCUCGUUGCUGCUUUGGCCGUUUCUCUCGUCUUUGAUAUCAGCGGCCAAUCCGGACGUGCCAUCGCUGAGUUGUUGCUGUCUCUUCCGAAUUCGAGAACGCAGGAAGCCGAAGCCGACCGGAUAGGCCUCCUCAUGAUGGCCGAGGCUUGCUACGACCCCCGAGGAGCCUUGGACUUUUGGCAACGCAUGAGCAAAGCAUCAGAAUUUGAACCUCCGCAGUUCUUGUCCACCCAUCCGAGCAACUACAACCGUGCCGAGCAGAUCAAGAAGUGGCUCCCAGAUGCCGAGAGAGUAUAUGCUGAUACAGGGUGCGGCACUGCAAGCGGUUAUGCGGAUGCCUUCAAGCAAGCUCUGACAAUGCAACAGCCCGGACGGGAGGGCCAUGUCAGACAGCAACGACCCAUAAUGGUGGGACGGAAUGACGACGACGACGAUUUCUUUUGA